UUGAGAGAGGCUGGUGGUCUGGGCUGAUUCUCCUGCUAAGGCCUUCUGGUGUUGGCAAAUGCAAGUCUAAUGCAACAGCGGCCAGUGGCUCAUCUCUGCGCCCUAAAGUCAUUGUAGCUAACAUCAAGCUUGAGCCUCUAUAUGAGGAGGACAUAUCUGUGAAGGAUGAGCCUAUUGAUAUUGAUGAAAAUCAGGCUGGUUCACGUGAGCCUCCCAGCCCUGGGUGUGGUGGCCAGCUAGCUCCACCUUCCCCAUCAGCGGCCAGUGGCUCAUCUCUGAGCCCUAAAGUCGUUGCAGCUAACAUCAAAAUUGAGCCUCUAUAUGAGGAAGAGGACAUAUCUGUGAAGGAUGAGCCUAUUGAUAUUGAUGAGCUAGCUCCACCUCCCCCAUCCGGUUGGCCGGACAAGAUGGAAGCUCAAAUUGAGGCUCGUGAAGCACAUGUAGCCCACCGUCCUGCGUCGCUCUCCUCUACCAUGCCUGGACAUGUGAACGUGGGUAGGAGGCAGUCCGCACCUGCAGGAGAUCCAGAAGACGCUGGUGACAGCGGCGGCGUCUCGGAAGCGUCCAGCUCCCAGCAGUGCAGCGAGAUUCUCCCGUAUUCCCAGCGGGGUUUGGUUGAUGCCAAGGUUACCUGCCAAAUGCAGCAGCGCCAUCCAGAUGAGCAGGCAUCCUCAAAUCUGUACUCAUGCUUUGACUGUGAAUAUUCCUGCGGUUCAGAGCUUCAACUUCUGAAACACAUUCAUGUUCUUCAUAAGCAUUCCUCUAAAAAACCUCUUGGCUGCUCAGAAUCGUCUCCUGGUGGCAGCAAAGUGAAGUCAGAAGCCUUGGAACAGGUUGAGUCUCCACUAGUCCUACCAGCUUCUGUUAUCUACAUCAAGGAGGAGCCUGAGGAUAAAACUGAAGAAGUUUCCAUCAAAGAGGAACCAUUUUUAUAUGGAAAUGAGAAUGCACACAUCACGGCAGCAACAUCAACUUUGUUCUUCACUUCUCCCCAGUCUUGUUCAACUGAACAUCUAAGCCCAGCACUUACACCUUCAUCUUGUGUGCCGUGCAAGACGGAAGCUCAGGUUGAGGCUCGUGACGCCCUCCCAAACUCCUCACAAGACAUUUCUGCUCUGUCAUUAAAUCAGUUUGGCGAAGGCUCAGCACUGGCAUCAGGAGACCCUCCUGGUGGCACUGAUGUCUCUGGGGCAUGCAGCUCGAAGCAACACAUCAGACUUGGGUGUUCCCAUCGUGGAUUGGUGCCUGCAGGUGCAGGCAAACUGCAGCAGCACCUUGAUCUGGAACAUCCUGCUUCAGGACCUCGCCGCUGCUCGGAACACACCUCUACUUCAGGGAGUGAACUACAGCACCACAUUUAUGCAAUACAUUCAGAAGAAAAACCUUUUCAGUGCUCUGAGUGUGAUUAUGCUUGCACUGCAAAGAGGUACUUGAAAAGCCAUUUUCUUCUCAAGCAUUCAACUGAAAAACCUUUUCGGUGCUCUGAUUGUGAAUAUUCUUGCACCAUAAAACAGAACUUGAAAAAUCAUUUCCUAUCCAAGCAUUCAAUAGAAAAACCAUUUAAGUGCUCGGAGUGUGAUUAUGCUUGCACCCUAAAAGGCAACUUGAAAAAACAUGUUCUUCACAAACAUUCAAGAAGAAAAACUAUUCAAUGUUCAGAAUGUGAUUAUGCUUGCUCCUCAAAAGAGUACCUGAAAAGUCAUUGGCUUCACAAGCAUUCCACAGAAAAACCUUUUCAGUGCUCUGAGUGUGAUUAUGCUUGCACCACAAAAGCACACUUGGAACGCCAUGUGCUAAACAAACAUUCGACAAAAAAACCUUGUCAAUGCUCAGAGUGUGUUUAUGCUUGCACCACAAAAGUCAACUUGAAAAGACAUUUUCUUCGAAAGCAUUCCAGAGAAAAACCUAUUCAGGGCUCUUAAUGUGAUUAUGCUUACACAAUGAAAAGGGACUUGAAACGUCAUUUCCGGUCCAAACAUUCAGCAGAAAGACAUAAGCAGACAUUCAGCAGAAAGACAAGUGCUCCGUGUGCGAUUAGGCUGGCGCCACAAAAUGGAAUUAGAAAAUACAUCUUCAUUGCAAGCAUUCAACAGAAAAAGCCCAUUUGAUGCUUGAAGUGUUAUAUGUAAAUCACUAAUGUAUCGUUCAAUAAAAUUUUUCUCCAUGUCAAUAAAGGCGCCGUUCGGUCAAUAAACUUUUUCUGGAUAGUGCCUGGAGAGACCUGCAGGCGUCUGGAGACUAAACCCCAGGCCCCUUCCAGAGAAAGUUUCAUUGACCUAAGUGUUAACAUGCAUGUUUAAUGUGGAUGGAGCAAAUUAGACACUAGGAUCAAGUGCAGAACAUUUGAUCUUUUUAGACAACAGAACCAAGCUGUGUAGAGUAUCUCAGCCAAACAACUCACUGCCUUCAAGGAAGAGGGGCUCAGCUGUUCAAUAUCCCUUCAAGGUGGCAGUUGCUUGGGGCGGCGUGGAUAUGAAAAAGAGCAAUGAAGUUUCUCGCUUGUUGUGUCUUCUCAAUACUGCUGGAAUAUUAGCAAAUACUGGUCCAUUGGAAUAUUAGCAACCAUUUUUCUUGAAGCCUUCAUGAGGGUCUGAAAGCUUUGUGAGAGUGAAUUUCAUGCUCUAUAGUGUAACUGUGUUGCAGUUAUCCCCAGGUUUACUGACUGACUGUUACUAACUAAUUAUGGUUUUUCUGACAGCAGAACACACUCUUGUAUUGUUGUGUAGGUUGAAUUGGCUAGUAAUUUAGUAACCGUGCAGAGCUCCUGAUUGAUUUUGUAUGUUUAAUUUGAUAUCUUUUAUUGAUGUCAACAUUUCAUUUACUUCUAUUUUACUAUAUAAGAUUAGUUAAUGCUAAACUUGCCCUGGUGUAAUGAUGUAAGUUUCAAGAUAAGUAAUUCAAUCUUUAUUAGUUGCUUUUUUGCAGAAAAAGUCAUGCUCAUGAAUUGGGAUCAAUUUAUGUUGAAUUUUUUUGCCGAUUUAGGACUGAUUACUUCAUUACAGUUCCUUGCAGUUGAAACAAAAUAUACCCUAUUCCUAUGAGGGCUGUUAUUUGAUCCUUGAACUGAGCGGCAUAUUUAUUCUCAACCAUCAGCUGGCCGUGAGUGUGGUUGUGUCCAGCCCCU